AUGAACAAUUCAAAGAAUAUAAUGCUUCACUCAGUGAAAAUCGAAAGUGUGGAUGAUAGUUCACAAAAGAAUGCAACUUAUUUGCGUAAUUCACGGUCGAAAUCUUGGCGUUUGAUUGUCCGUAAUUUGCCUUUUAAGUUAACGGAAGAAAAGUUGAAGUCGGUAUUUGAAGCUAUUGGACCUUGUACAGAAUUUGUUUUACCAAAAUGUAAAGAUAAGCGCUUUCCAAAUUCGUGUGCAGGUUUCGCCUUUGUUCAGUUUCAAAAACGUGCUGAUGCUGUGAAAGCGAUUGAGGUACUCAAUAUGACGGAGAUAUUCGGUAGGAAAGUUGCGUUGGAUUGGGCGUUGUCAAAGGAUUCUUAUGAAACAGCCGUAUACGAAGAAAGGAGCAACAGUCAACAAGUAAAGAAAAGGGUAAAAAUAAAAAUUGAGUCUAGUGAUAGCACGGAUGAGAGCAAACAACAGGACGAUAUAAAGGUAAUAAAAGAUAAGGAUAAAAUUUUUUCCGAUGAAGGUGAAAGAAGAAUUGAAUGUGAUGAAGUCAAGCACAGCUUCAAAGAGGAUGAAGCAGUCCUUGAGGGGCGAGUUUUAUUUAUCAGAAACUUGUCAUAUGAUACAACUGAUGAGAUGUUGAAGGAAGCUUUUUCAAAAUUUGGAACUGUUUUAUUGGCAGUUAUUUGUCGAUACAUGGGUAACGAGCAUUCAAAAGGGACAGCUUUUAUACAUUUUCAAACUGCUGAACAAGCGAAUGAGUGCCUAAAAACUAUCAGUCAGGAUCCUGGCAUUUUUAUUGAUGGUCGUCGAGUUUUCGGUCAUUGUGCAUUGCCUCGAAGCGAAGCAGCUAAAAUCGAAAGGGAUAAAUUCGCCAGAAAGCCGAGGGACAAGAGAAAUCUUCAUCUUUUGCGUGCUGGUUUUAUACGACCUGGUACAGCCUCUGCAGCUGACAUGAGUAAAUCAGACACUGAUAAACGUGCUCGUUUGAUAAUAAGUGCUCGGAAAAAGUUAAAAAAUCUACAUAUGUUUGUGUCUCCAACACGUUUGGUUGUUCACAAUCUACCCAAAUCAAUGACUGACAAAGCUUUUAAAUCAAUGUGUUUCAUCGCAUCGAGUAAUCCAGAUGCAAAAAUAACAGAAUCACGAAUUUGGCGAGACAAAAGUAGGCUCAAUGCAUCUGGAGAGCCUAUAUCGCGAGGUUUUGGUUUUGUCAAUUUUUCAGAGCACAAGGAUGCUCUGAUGGCAUUAAACAACUUAAAUAAUAAUCCAGAGAUAUUCACCAAAGACAAGAGACCAAUUGUGGAAUUUUCUAUAGAAAAUUUGGCGGCUAUUCGGCUUCGAGAGGCAAGGCUGAAAAAAACUCAGCUGAAAGAAUUUAGUGACCAUAACUCAGUUCAUGAUAAAAAUAAACUGGACCUAGAACAGACAAAGCGAUAUCUUUCAGCAGGUGGAAGGAAACCUUUGCCUUCUCGUUUGGGACCUAAAAUACGUAGAAAAGACACAAAUUCAAAGAUAAUUGAGACAAAAGAAAAAGCGGGUGCAAAACGAAGGCAAACAGUUAAUAUUGAGACUGCACCAAAAAGAAAGAAGAUUAGUCGCUCUAAACAACUUACGAAGUAUUUAACGUUAUCGAGUUGA